UCUCAUGUGAUGGCUCUUGCCAAUGACGUGCCAGCCAUAUGGGCCUGGCAUCAGAGCUGGUAUGUAACCCACCCAGUCCUGCCUCUGAGGUGCCACACGGUUCCCUCCACGCGUUUGGGCUGGGGAUAGCAGCAGUAAGCAGACAGACAGACAGACAGAGCAGAGGAGAGAGAGAGGUGUGAGAGCAGAACACAGCUUCUCGCCUGCACAAGCAUCCGUGCAGGGUGUGUGGAUGUGAUGCCCACCCGGAGAGAGAUGGUGUAAACAAACCCGCUUUGCCCCGUCACUGAGCUCCACCACGGAGGUUGCAUGCAAUGAUGUUGAGCCGUCUGUUCAGCGAGGUGCUGCCGGAUGUGCAGAGGCUCGCGGCUGACUGGGUGGAGGACAAUGAAAACGAAGACUGCAAGGCCAAGGACGACGAGCACGAGCCCUGUCACCUCGAGGAGGACGAGCUGGACGAGCCACAGGAAGGAAGCAGUCGAGCUGAGUCUGAGAUGGCAGGCGACGACGACGACGACGACGACGAGGAUGAUGAGGCCGAGGAAGAUGAGUGUGGAGACGAGAACAGUGGAGACAAACCCAAAAAGCGCGGCCCAAAGAAACGCAAGAUGACGGCAGCGCGCGUAGAGCGCUCCAAGGUGCGUCGAAUGAAGGCAAACGCGCGGGAGCGCACGCGGAUGCACUCCUUGAAUUCUGCGCUGGACAAUCUGCGCAAAGUGGUGCCAUGCUACUCCAAAACCCAAAAACUCUCCAAGAUAGAGACUCUGAGGCUGGCCAAGAAUUAUAUAUUAGCCCUCGGAGAGAUUUUACGCAACGGGAAACGUCCAGAUGUUGUGACCUACGUGCAGAUGUUGUGUAAAGGCCUGUCCCAGCCCACGACCAACCUGGUGGCAGGAUGCCUGCAGCUCAACACGAGAAACUUCCUGACUGAACAGUGUUCAGACGGAGGCCGCUUCCAUAUGCCCAGCUCUCCUUUCUCCGUCCAUGCCUACUCCUACCGCUGUUCUCGCCUCUCCAGUCCGCAUUACCAGCCUGGAGCCGGUGCGCUCAACUUGCGUGGCCAUGCCUACGGUUCUGGUUACGAGGCCGUUUACCCGCCCGGCGGAGCGUCCCCUGAUUACAGCAGCCCGGACUACGAAGGCCAGCACAGCCCGCCCGUUUGCCUAUCCGGGAGACAGCAGGAGUCCUCUGAGACAGACAGGAACUAUCACUACUCUAUGCAUUACUCCGGACUGAGCACGUCUCGGGCCAGCCACAGCCUAACGCUUGGGGCCUCGGGAGCGCGCAGCGGUGGUGCACACUCGGAAAACAUUCCACCUUUCCACGACGUGCACUUGCACCAUGAUAGGGCUCCUCCGUAUGAGGACCUCAAUGCUUUUUUCCACAACUGAGCCCUUGUAAUGGUUAAUCAGGCUUACUGACCUUAAUGACAAUCCUAUGAUGUGUAAUAUUGUUUGGGAAACAAGAGGAACCUCUUAAAGGACGAAACAUGAAAGUGGCAGAAACAGUCCUCUGAUUACCUUAUGUAUUCUACUGAUGUCAUCCCUAUACUGCUGUACAUCCUAUCAAAGUGUGUCCAGUAAUACCCUGUAUGCAGAAUGAGUGCAAUUGACAUAAACCGUGUACAGGCCUAUGAGAAACAUGUUAAGACUUAAACAACAGAAAUAAAAAAAAAGUUUUAUAA